AUGGCAUUGGUUGCAGGGAAACUCGUAGACAUUUUCGGGACCAACGCCAUUUUCGUCUCCUACGGCGUCCUGGUGGGCCUGAAUGUCUUGGUUGUGCAGCUCUUUGUUCAGGACAUACCUGCUGGGCCGGAAACCGCGCAAGGGGCGAGGCGCAUAUCCACGCGCGAGUGGCUGGCCGACCUUUGGAAAAUUGAGCCCAUUUGGAUGCUAGUCAACCUCUUGAUGUACGGCCUCUCGACGUCUUUGGUGGAAAACUACUUGAAUGUUUUCCUCGUGCAAGACUUCGACAACGUUCCCAAAGUCAUCCUUGGGGCUGCGACUGCCGUCAUGUGUACCUUCGAGAUCCCAGUGUUUAAGUACAUCGGCGACCUCUGGAACAAGCGCGGAUUUAGUCUCGUCACUGUCCUUUGGGCUUCGGAGUUUGUCAUGGUAUUUCGGUGCUUGCUGUACGCGAUUCUACCGCGCAGCCAUCCAUGGCUGGUACUUCUGGUGGAGCCCCUGCAUGGGCUGACCUUUGCGGGGGUGUGGACGGCCGUUGUUGAGUAUGCCCGCCGGUUGUCGAGGCCUGGGACUGAGGCCAAGAUGCAGGCGCUAAUCAGUGGCAUCUAUUUCAACGUCGCCUUUGCUGCAGGAUCCCUGAUUUGGGGUUUCGUCUCACAGCUGCCUCCUGCGGGAAUUGGCUUUCGACGAUCCUUUCUUCUGGCCACCUGGGUGCAGGUUUCGGGAGCUACGCUGGGUGGCUGUUACAAGGGUUUCGGUUGA